UUUCUUGGGUAAAAUUGAAAGCAGUAGUGAAGAAAGUGGGGGAGAUUCGAACAUAUUUUUUUUCAAUUAAAAAUAAUGUAUAUUUAUUUUUCAUAUAAAACCUAAAUGGUGCAGAUUAAUGAAUAAAAAAAAAUAGUUUUGAUGGAAAUUACAAUGGAAUUUAAUAUUGCAUUUGAAUAAAAUAGUCUUCUUAUAUAGUCGCAGCUAAUUACAGUUAAUAUCAUCCAUCCAUUCUCUUGCAGCGGGCAGCACUCAAGGAACUGAGAAAAAAAGAUAAAGUGGGACUCCACAGUGGGAGGGGCUGUGUUAUGCGGAGGAGGUGAGAGUUGGAAUAAAGCAGAGAAUGAGGAACAGUGAAGCUCAGAGGCUCCAAAGCCAAAGAUUUGGACGCCGUGAAGAGAGGAUCUAAAGCAUGGCAUGCCCAAAAUUCAAGCCGCUGUUCUUCCUCACCUUCAUCACAGGUCUGGUCGAGUGUCUAUGUUUCGCUGGAGUCAUCUUCGGAUGGGCGGCCCUGGUUUUCGUCCUGAAAUCAGAGGGCUACUUUGAGUCACUGUGUGUCAACGUCACAAGUGCCAACGGAACACAGACAGUGGAUUGCAGUAUUCAAGAUGAGCAAUUCUCACUGGUCUUCACCAUCGCAUCCUUCAUGAAUAAUUUCUCUACGUUACCCAGUGGUUUCCUUUUUGACCGUUUCGGGACUUUGGUGGCUCGGAUCUGCGCCAUAUGUAUUUACACUGGAGGCAUGUUGAUGGUGGGCCUCUCAUCUCCAGCGAUCGCCAUCCUGCUGUUCCCAGCGAUGUGCUGCAUUGCAGUCGGAGGAAGCCUGAUUCUGAUCUCCAAUAUUCAGGUUGGAAAUCUUUUUGGCCCUCGACGCUUCACCGUCAUCACUCUCUACAACGGAGCGUUUGACUCCUCAGCAGCUCUCUUCUUUGUCCUAAAGCUCAUUCAUGAAACUGGGAUCUCCUUCCACGCUUUCUUCCUGUUUAUAGCCGCCUGCAGCAUCAUUCAUCUGCUCAGAACAUUUUUCCUGUUGCCCAAAGGCUUAAUUCCACACCCAUUGCCAGAGAACUACUCAUUCGGAUCACCCUGCUCUAAGUCAAAGACGUCUGAGCUGCCCCCCAAUAAGUUGACCAUAGAGCCUGCUGUACCAGAGAUUCCUGAAAAAACGUUCCGAGAAUGUGUUCUAUCAAGGCUGUUUUUGCUCCACCUCGUCUGGUUGUCGGUCAUGCAGCUCAGACAUUACCUCUUCAUCGGCACGCUGAACCCCAUGCUGCUCCGUCUGAGCAACGGAGAUCCCUCUCUAGUGAGCGAGUAUAUCAACGCGUUUUCAAUCACCCAGAUGUGCGGCGUGUUGUGUGCUCCAUGGAAUGGACUCAUCAUGGACAGACACAAGGGCAAGCCUCGAGCUGAAGGGAUGAGUGAGCAGGAGGCUGAUCUCAACUCUUCUUGGCUCUCGCUGCUCCUGACGGCGCUGCAGUGUUUUCUCUUCUCACUGUGCGCGUCCACGGCCUCCCUUCCUCUCCAGUACCUCACCUUCAUCCUGCAAGUGCUCAAUCGUUCCUUCCUGUAUGGCGGCAACGCAGCAUUCCUCAGUGUGGCAUUCCCCUCAUACCACUUUGGAAAACUGUACGGCCUGGUCAUGAGUGUGUCUGCUGUAGUUUCUCUGCUGCAGUACCCCUGUUUCACUCUCGUGAAGGAUGUUCUGGGUGGAGAUCCUCUAUAUGUCAACAUUGGCCUGAUGAUUUUCAGCCUGCUGGCCUUCCUUCACCCUCUGUCCGUUUACCUGCACUGUCGAAAACUCAUUUCUCAGCGAGCAGCAAACAAAGCUUAACACUUUCCAUGACCGUAGCAAUACACCUUUGAAUGCAUUGGGAUCAAGGCUUUUGAGGGCAAUUUACACGCAAGUUCAUCUUCUGGUUCUGAACUGAAGCUCCUGAUUCGACCACCUGUCGACAUCUGUGCCACUACGACAUUCAGGUCUCUUGCUCACCAUGUUUACAAGAGAAUACUGAUGUGCUGGAGUUUGAAAUGAUCCUGAUGUUUUUGUACACAUUUUCAUUACUACUACAACUUUUAUGUAUAUUUAAUGAACUUCUACUUGUCUCAAUUCAUGUCAUGUUUCUUGUGUAUAUUUUUCAUAUUAAAGUAUGAUUGCUGUAUUCUAU